AUGACUACUGCUCUCUUACAUCCCGCCCCCACCGUCUUCCUCGCGCCCCGCGCCCGUCAGCAGUUCCGCAAUGCGCCCGCCUCCCCGCUCGUAUGCGCAGCCCCCACCAGCAUCCCAGUACUCCGCAGACCACGCGCUAGUACGCAUUUCCUUCCCGUCGAAUCGCGCGCGCAGCGAACGGCAGCUGUAGCUAUUCGUUCUUGCGCUGCGAGAGUCGCCGCGCCAUCCGCGAAUUCCGGAACGCGAUGGGGUUCGUUGUCAGUGCUCCGUGCGACAGACGGCGACGGCGAUGUCGCGUCGACUAAUAGCGAGUCAAGUGGAUUCGAUAUACGACGCGUGGAGCAGUACACCGAGAGAGUGCCGGGGGAGGUGGUGGUGCUCAACGCGCUGGUGGAUGGGGAGGAGGACGAGGUGGUCGUCUUCAGGGGGUUUUCCUCAUCGCUAGUGCUACCCACGGCCUCGGACCCCUCAGACCCGGUGCUGCCCGCCUCUGCUGCGAUCAGCUCAGUCGAUCGAGUGAGGGGCCCCUUCAACCCUGCUCGCAUGGAGUACAUUCAGCAAGGCAUGCGAUGGGAGGAGUUUGACCAGCUGCUGGAAGCCAUGCACCUAUGA